CUCGAUAAGUCACCAAAUCAGUAGGCUAAUCGGGUAAAACCAUAAAUUAAUCUAGAAUGCACCGUUUGCCAUGAAAGAAAGGACGAGCUUAUAGCUCGAAUACUGCUGUCACGUCCAUAGCAGUGCGUGCGAUGACUUUCUUCUACGAUCGAGUCGAAUACGUUGUAACCUUUUCCCUGCGCUCGCUGUUGAAACUUAAGUUUUUCAGGUUGAAUAACGUGUUUCAUCGAAUAAUUGCAUACAAUUUAUUGUAUGUAAGAUAUUCAUAAGCAUAGAUGUGGGGUGCCAGAAUUGGAAAGCUUCGUUUGAAAAUUCAAGUUACUACGCCGCUGUUUGCACGAACGAUAAGUAGAGAAGCUCACGUCGUUCUGUCAAGUUAAGUUAACCCCACAGUGUCGUAAUAUUCGGGGCAAAUAUCAGAGUGAAUUACAUACAGUUACCAGGCAAUAUGAGUAUGUCCAGCAUAAGUGAUUAUUCUUUGCUACAAAAAAUCGGCUCGGGAAGUUAUGCGACCGUCUACUCAGCAUUCAAAAAGGAUGGAUGCCGAGAGCUAGUCGCAAUCAAGUGUGUAGACAAAUCGUCGCUCUCUAAGUCGGCUAUCGAUAAUCUCGUCACGGAGAUCUAUCUCCUAAAGAUACUGAGGCACGAGCAUAUCGUCGAGAUGAAGGAUUUCUUUUGGGACAAAGGGUACAUAUACAUCGUGAUGGAGCUCUGCCACGGCGGUGAUUUGUCGAGUUUUAUAAAGAAGAGGCACAAGCUACCUGAACAUAUUUGCCGUAGAUUUUUGCAACAGCUAGCGCUCGCUUUGGAGUAUCUGCGAAAUAAUAAUGUCUCGCACAUGGACUUGAAACCGCAGAACUUGCUGCUAACGAAAAAGUCUCAAUUAACAUUGAAAGUCGGAGAUUUCGGUUUCGCUCAGUACCUCUCGAAUUCCGAGCAGAAAUUUGCGAUUCGCGGUUCUCCGCUUUACAUGGCGCCAGAAAUUUUAAUGAAACGCAAAUACGACGCCCGCGUCGAUUUGUGGAGCAUCGGUGUCAUCAUGUACGAAUGCCUCUUCGGCAAAGCUCCGUACUCUAGCAGUAGCUUUCAGGAACUAGCUGAAAAGAUCAAGGACACCCGACCUAUAGAGUUACCGAGAGGAUCGCACAUAUCGCGCGAGUGCAAGGAUUUAUUGUUGUCCUUGUUGAGGCACAAUCCUGACGAGAGGAUAACGUUCGAUGAAUUCUUUGCUCAUGAGUUUUUGGAUUUCGCUCACGCGCCAACGAAGGAAAAUUAUGAUAAGGCGGCAGAGAUAGUGCAAAAUGCUGUGCGAAUGGACGCGGAGAAAAAUUCGAAGGAAGCGUUUCAUUUAUACUGCGAGGCUCUUAGAUAUUUCAUUCCUAUUGUAACAAGUGAGACUGAUUUAAAGCGGAAGCAGAGUUUGAGGUUACGCAUAAAUGAUUAUAUUAGAAGGGCAGAAGUGCUGAAAGCAUCAUGUAUAGAUAAUAGUAACGAUAAAGAUAAAUGUGAACAGGUAGAAGAUAAACGAAAUUCUUGGACUAUUCCAAGGAUACCAUUUACAAAUAGCGGAUCGUCAUUUGAAUACAAUGAACUACGAAUGCUUAGCAAAAGUACAACAAGCAUGGCGGAUGCGCUCGAAAUAGGAGAAGUCGCCGAACUGUAUGUUGCUGAGGGAAAUUACGCGGUUGCAUUCGAAAAAUUUCAAUCGUGUCUAGGACUGUUGUUACCCCUGUUAUGGAAAGAACCAGCGGGUCGAAGAAAGGACUUAUUGCACAAACAGGUACAAUUUUGGAUGAAAGAAGCCGAAACCAAAGGCCUUUUAGCUGCUAAAGAGACAUAGAAGAGUCCACAGUAAUGUAGCACUGAUACGUUCGAGCAAUGUAUAAUGCAGUGAUUCACAUUUUCCAUUUAAUAUAGAAUGUUAUUUUCACUGGC